AUGCAUGGCCAAAUCAAAGUGAGCAGUGCACUCAAUGUUGGAACAACAGUCACCAUUCUAUUGCCACUCGAAAAUACUCUCAACGACAGUUCAGAAGUCAUUUCCGAAAUUUUACGAGGAGACGAUGUCAAAGACAUGCACGUAUUAGUUAUUGACGACGAUGAAUGUUUUCAAAAUGUGUUACAAAGUUAUUUGAAACUCUUCCAUAAGGUUCGAAAAAUUGAUUGCAUUUCCUCUGUCGAGUCUCUUGCAACACAAUCAUUACUUGAUACCAGCUCGGUGAAGGUCAUUUUCGUUUCAGAAAGUGACUAUUCUCGUGCGACACAAAUAUUGUCAAGCAUGUCUAACAAAGAUCAUACUAUCGUUACCAUUCCAACCAUUUUCAAAGGCUCUCAAAGAUCUUAUUCCAAUUUAAAGUAUCUGACCAAACCUGUUAAAUUUCCAGAGCUUGUGGACGUCUUGUCGAAUGACAAAAUUUUGUUGAAGGAGAAUUCUGCAAAACUAUCCUUGUGUGAUGGCUAUGUUGCAACACCAUCACGUGACCAUCAUGAUGAUGAGGUAUGGAAUGAGAGCAGAACUGCCAAAACACAAGUCUCAUCCCAAGAUUUAAAUCUCAGUACCUCAACCAUAAGGAUGCAUGAACCAUCAACUCAGAAUAGCAUGAAAAAUAUUCCCUUUGAUUUUGGAUCAAAUUCAGUACUCAUUGCGGAUGACAAUGCAGUGAAUCGAAAAGUAUUGGUGAAAAUGUUACAAAUUAUUGGAUUCAAAGAUAUUGACACUUCGAAUGAUGGAAUGGAAUGUUUUGAAAAAUUCAAACAAAAAUCAUAUCAUUUGGUCUUGUUGGAUUGUUUCAUGCCCAUUUUGAGUGGACGAGAAGCAUGUGAAAUGAUUCGAAAUUUAGAAAAACAAACUCAAGUCAAGAGACGCGUACCCAUUAUUGCCAUUACUGCCAAUACAUGGGAACCGAGGGACACUUUGCUUUCACAAGGUUUUGAUGAUGUCGUUUACAAACCAGUGAUUUUGGAACAAUUUCAACAGCUGUUACUGAAACACCUUGACCAUUCCAGUAGCCAACAACAACAAUUAUGA